AUGAAGGCUCUGCCAGAACAAAUGCACACCCUCCUCCCAUCUCUUUUGUACUUAAUGUUAUGGAAAUGUCCAGAAAUUGAAUCUUUUCCGGAAGGGGGUCUGCCCUCCAAAUUAGAUCAUCUUAAUAUCAAUGAUUGCAAGAAACUUGUUGGUGGCCGAAGAGAUUGGGGUUUGCAAACACUAAACUCCUUCAAAAUACUUUGGCUGUUCGGUGAAUCUGAAGAUGAGUUGGAGUCGUUCCCCGAGGAGGGGCUGCUGCCCUCCACUCUUAAACAUCUCAGGCUCGAAAGAAUGUCGACUCUCAAAUCACUCAACAAAAGGGGCCUUCAACAUCUUGGCUCUCUCGAAACCAUUUAUAUUAGCAGUUGCCCUCAGCUCCAAUCCCUGCCAGAAGAGGGGCUUCCCACUUCCCUCGUUCAGCUGUCUAUUACGGACUGCCCAUUGCUGAAACCUCGUUGCCGCAGGGAGGAAGGGGAGGACUGGCAUAAGAUUGCUCGCAUCCCUCUCAUAGAAAUCGAUGGUGAAGUAAUCGGUGAAUAAGUCUAUCCAUGAUACGCGGCCAGGGGAAACCUAAGCUUCCCACUCAGGUUGGUAUUCUACUGAGCAUAAGCUCUUGCAGAAUCACAAGAUCUCAAUCAUGGCUGUUAUUUGAUAAGAACUUUUGGUCAGGUUGCAUGGAAUGGCUUCUAAUAGCAGACGGAACUUGGGUGGCCAAAAUUGUAUAAGAAGCGAUGGCAGAUCAUCUAGGCCGUGUUUGGUUUAUGACUUUGUGAAGGAAAGCACUCGUAUUGCUUUGGCAUUACAUGAUUGUGAUCAAACCAAUUUUCAGUGCGUGACAUGGAGGAAAUGA